AUAUGUGUUCAGUGUAUUUUGCAAAGGAGAAGAAGAGAGAGUGCAAGAAAAAGGAGCAUCAGAGUAAUGAUUAAAUUACAUAAACGAGGGGUCUUUUUUGUAGUAUUCUGUAUUUUGAUAUGGCUAAAACCCAAAUGCCCCCAGGAGUGCUUACUCCAGAGUCACGAUUUAUGACACUUGCCAUGGAUAGAUUUUUGAAUGAUAUGGAAAGAGAGAAGCCAACCAGGUUCAAUGACCAACAUCUAAGGAUUGCAACUGAUAACUACUCUUACUUGUUGGGGUCAGGAGGUUUUGGAUCAGUCUAUAAGGGAAUUUUUAGCGAUGGAACCAUUGUGGCUGUGAAGGUUCUACAUGGGCGUUCAGACAAGAGAAACGAGGAGCAGUUUAUGGCUGAAGUGGGAACAAUAGGCAAAAUUCAUCACUUCAAUCUGGUUCGGCUAUAUGGAUUUUGCUUCGAAAGAAACCUGAUAGCACUGGUUUAUGAAUUCAUGGGGAAUGGUUCUCUUGACAAGUAUCUUUUUAACCAAAACAAUGUCAUAGGAUUUGAAAGGCUUCAUGAGGUUGCAGUUGGGACAGCCAAAGGAAUUGCUUAUUUGCAUGAAGAGUGCCAACAGAGAAUAAUACACUAUGACAUCAAACCAGGAAAUAUUCUGUUGGAUGGAAGCUUCAAUCCUAAAGUUGCUGAUUUUGGUUUGGCCAAGCUUUGCAAUAGAGAAAAUACUCAUCUAACCAUGACAAGGGGAAGGGGGACUCCUGGUUAUGCUGCACCAGAACUCUGGAUGCCAAAUUUUCCUGUGACUCACAAGUGUGAUGUUUACAGCUUUGGAAUGCUGUUGUUUGAAAUCAUAGGGAGGAGGAGAAACCUUGAUGUUGAAGUUGUUGAAAGCCAAGAGUGGUUUCCAAUGUUUGUGUGGAAAAAAAUUGAUGGUGGAGAGUUGAAGGGGUUGAUAAUAGCAUGUGGAAUAGAGGAGAAAGAUGAGGAGAUAGCUGAGAGAAUGGUUAGUGUUGCUCUGUUGUGUGUUCAGUAUAGGCCUGAUUCAAGGCCUGUGAUGAGUGAUGUGGUAAAAAUGUUGGAAGGUUCAGUGGAAGUUCCAAAACCUUUGAACCCAUUUCAGCACUUUAUGGAUGGGAAUUUCUCUGCUCAUACAACAGAUACUGGUGGUUCUUCUGUUGUUUUAACUGACUCUAGCAUUGUACAUGCUACUACUUGAUGGAGUAUUAAAUGAUGUGUAGAAUAUUUUCCUUUCUGCUUCUUUGAUUCUGUUGAAAGUAACUGUUCAUGUGUACUAUUUUGGUUUCUUUUACCAUACUGUUCUUUUCAAUUUUCCUCUGAACUUUUUAUGAGUGAACUGCUAUGUAUGUAUACAAGUGAAGCAAACUGUUAGCCUUUUCUCCAUGCA